AUGAAGAAUUUAAUUGUUUGCAUUGAUUGUCAUGUUUCUAUGAAGUACAUUUCUCUAAUAAAAAACCAAGAAAUUACUGUAAGUUUUCCUUUGGUUUUGAAAGUCCGUAAAGAAGCUAUGAAUUCCUUGAGUGGCAAUGGUUCUGAAAAAGGAGGAAUGGUUGCAACAGUAGAUGCUGCAAAUUCGACUGCUUUGGAGAUGUUUUUUACAGUGUAG